UACAAAACAUAGUCGACUCUGUUUGUAACAUAUUCUAGUUUAAAUCAAAUGUUUCCUCGAUGAGAAAAUUAACAGAAUGUCAGCCAUAAUCCAUUUUCUCCCACUGCCGGCCACUGGGCUUCCUCUCGUUAUCAUAAGGUAGAGAGUGGACACGGCAACCGGAUGCUUCACAUUUAUACAUCCGGUGAAAUAUCUGGCUCAUUGUUCUAUCUGUGCGGAAGCUCAAAAGCUGUCAAAAUGGCUACGACCAUGUCAUGGGGAUCAUAUCUCCUCAUUCAUGUAGUAAUAUUUUCAUGGUAUGUCUUUACCUUAUCGGCGAAUUGCUCAUUGAAAGUCACACAGGGCCACCCAGGAGCUAAAACAUAUGGAGGCCGCUGGAAAUAUCUGACUUUCCUCAAUCUGGUUUUGCAGACAGUGUUCUUCGGACUCGUUGUUUUGAUUGACAUUAUCCACCUGAUAUUGCCAUCCAAAAAUUUGAGGUGUGGUGUACCUCUCCUCCUAGUGAAAUUAAGAGACACCAUUUUCACUAUUUGGGCUUUUCCUAUUGGGACAUUUGUGUUCUUGUCCUUCUGGUCGAUAUAUCACUACAACAGAGAGCUGGUGUUUCCAAAGUUUCUAGAUGACAUUAUUCCUAUCUGGUUGAACCAUGCUAUGCAUACGGUCACCCUGCCAUUGGCGCUGUUGCAGAUGUAUAUUCAGCCUCAUAGAUAUGGCAGCAAGAUGAGAGGCCUUCUAGGUCUGUCUGUCAUAGCUGUUCUUUAUCUGGGAUGGAUUCUGUGGGUGCACCAUGUGGCUGGUAUCUGGGUCUACCCCAUCAUGGAGCGUCUGAGUCCUAUGGGCCUGGUGAUAUUCCUGGGGGUGUCGUCCAUCACCGUGGCUCCCCUCUACCUACUGGGGGAGAAACUCAACCACAAGAUCUGGAAGACCACUGCAGUAUCUGCAGGGCCUCAGAGAAAGAAGAAGAAAUAAGUGUGUGCUGGCAUGUAAGCUGAGAGCCAAGGAGGGGAUCAGAGAGGAAAGACAGACAGACAGGACCGGUACAACCAGCACUGAUCACCUCAUCCAGAAAGAGACUGGUGGAUCUCUUGGUGAAGGUAGAAGUUGCCCCUAAUCACAGAUUUAGAAUCAGAUUACCUUACCCUCAGUCCUAUUUAUAACAUUUAGCAUUAAACAACUAUAUCUUAUCCUGUAUCAAUAGUUAGAGUCAACUUGUACCUGCUCGUUAUCUCUCAGGCAGCUCUCAGGCAGCUCUCAGGCAGUGGGCAUUAUGUGCUUCUAUGGUCAGAUGCCAAAUAAUUUUAAGAUUCCAUUCAGUAAGUAGACUUGAUUUACUCCACCACAGGAUAUUGUGCUGUGUCACAUUGAGGUAACAGCUCAAUAUAAUAUUUGACAUUAAUAAGUUGGUCCUUUAUUGGUUGAGUUAACCCAUAUUGUUCUCUCACCCUACGUGGCGUAAUAAUAUUACAGUAUAAAUACAUUUUGUGAUUCUAUUACCUUUAUCAUGAUGCUGUUUCACUUGAUACGGUACUGUUGGUUGUGUGAAAGGCACAGUUCCUUAUGUGCAUUUUGUUAUUUUACAUUUUGAAUUCAAUUUAUACUGUAUGUUGACUUUUAGAACAAUAUGGUUCCUUAUGUAACUUGGAGGGAAGUAAGAACAAGAUGAAAUUAAAACAUUUGAAUUAUA